UACGAAUGAACGCUUCUUUAGUCAUAUUAAUAAACUGAAUAUUUUUCUAAACACUGUAUUCUUCUUCGGCAAUAAUUUUUGCAUCUUGAACAUCAGAGAGUGUAAUCAGAAAUGUUAAAUGAUAAGGCUAUAAAACUUUUGGUGAUUGGUGAAAGCGGUGUGGGAAAAUCUAGCUUAAUACGUCGUUUUGUGGAGAAUAAAUUUGAUGAAUAUCAUGACGUCACAAUUGGUAUGGACUUCAAAAGUAAAACAAUGAAUAUUGAUGGGGUUGAUUAUAAAUUAGCUUUAUGGGAUACUGCUGGAGCAGAACGAUUUCGCAGUUUGACACCUAGCUUUUAUCGUAAGGCGUUAGGUGCAAUAUUAGUUUACGAUAUAACUAAUCGUGAAUCCUUGGCGAAGUUAGAAGCCUGGUUUACAGAACUGGAGAAUUAUAGUGAUAAUCCUAACAUUGCCACCAUUGUAGUGGGCAAUAAAAUUGACAAUGUUCGAGCCGUUAGUCGGGAGGAAGGAGUUAAGUUUGCUCGCAAGCAUCGUUCUUUAUUCCUGGAAACUUCAGCGAAGAAUGACGAGUUUGUAGCAGAUGUUUUUCGCGAUAUUGUUGAAAAAAUUGUUUCAUCAGAACAUUUCGAACGUACACAUAAUAAUAACACGCUUAAUGUCAGUGAAGCGAACGAGAAGCCAAACUCAACGAGAACGCGACCAAGUACUAUCAACACAAACCGCGCUCGUAUCGUACGAUAGCUUAACAACUCGAAUCGCAAACCAGCCCCUGCGUACACUCUGAUGGCCAAUACAACAAAGAAGCUUGCUUGAAAUGCAAGCAAGCAUCGAUAUAGGUAAUUAAAUCGAAUAUUUAUUUAUUUAUUUAUUUAUGUACAUAUUUUGUAUUUUGAUAGAUAAGAUGGGCAUAGAAAGUAAGCGUGCAGAAAUGAUAUUAACUUUUGUAUCUUUGCCCGAUUAAAUUCGAAGCAUUAAGCAUUAAUUUUAGCUAGAGUACACGAAUGUCUGCUCUCCUAAAGCCGGAUUCAAUGGAUGAUAGAGAACAGACGCAGUAAAAAUAUGAAAAUA